AGUGUAAGUUAAAACAAUGAAGCUGGCCAAUCAAUGCCUUCUUUUGUUUCUGUUUGGCUUCGUUUUAGAAAGUGCAUUUGGAUGCAAAAAGGUAAGUUGUAAAUGCCACAGACGCAAGUAAUAUUUUGCCUAAUUACCUCCCCCCCCCCCCCCCCCGCGUUAUCCCCACCGGCGUCUUUCCGCCGGCUAUGGUCUGAAGAGGGUGCACUAUACUGUCCGUGUUUUAUAUUGCCAAAUUUGAGUUUACGUUAGUUAUAAACAAAAUCUCAAAAUAAUAGAUAUGUGGGGAUGAAGAUGGUGCCCUCAAUUUCCCAGUUUCCUUUUUUAUCAAUUCCGGUAUCGCAGCCAUUUUUCUAAAUCCCAGUUUUAACUGCAAACUUAAAAGAAUAUACCUGAACUGGUGUUUCAUAUUUAAAUUUAAAUUUGUGUGCUGACUUUUAAAACACAAUAUUCUCCUUUCAAUAGCUAUCUUCAGAAACAACUUUACGACAUAAAAGGUCAAAGUCAAUACCUGUCAUUAUUUGUCGCAUACCAUAUACUGUACAUAUAUACUACAUAUAAUAAUAAAUCAGUGUCUCCCAACAGCAGAAAAAUGACCUCCACUCUGAAAAGAGCUGAACGAAGUUUUUAGGCAUACAGUACAGGUCUGAAUAAAACAUUUCUCCGUACACUUCCAUGAAGUUUUUUAAACUCUAAAAUGUCCCUCUAAAAUUCUCUUUGCAAUGCCAUUUUCGUGUCUGUUUUUGAAUUAUCAUUCACACUUUUGUGUCCGUUUUCCCAGAUCCAAUAACCCGUAUGGUCGUAUAUCCCUUUUUUCAACUCCAAAAAUAGGCAUCUCUCUUCCCCCUCGCCCUAUAUAUAUAGUCUGUCAAGAUAUGAUGGUCUGGAAACCUGGCAAACUUCAAAGCUACAAAAUAGAAGACCUUUGCUUGAUGUUAAACUGUACCUCACCAUGCACAAAUCCUUUGUCUCAACUUCAUUAAAUAUUGUUCAUCGUGGUCGCACGUUUCAUCUCAGCUAUCCUUAUUGGAUGGUUACUUCAUUCUACGAAAAUACAAUGAGCUCAAUCACCGUGCCCCUGCACAAAUUAGGCCUAACAUAAACUCAGACAAAAACAUAAUACAAUGACUUCUGUUUAGUUUCCAGAAAGACUAUAUAUGCGCUAUAUAUAUAUAUAUAUAUAUAUAUAUAUAUAUAUAUAUAUAUAUAUAUAUAUAUAUAUAUAUAUAUAUAUAUAUAUAUAUAUAUAUAUAUAAUAGGCGACUCGGUUGUACGCACCUCGUCAGCUAUCAGUGAGUUUAAGAUAACCCGGUUUCAGUGUACGGGUACGAGUAGUGUCAUCUUAUUUACCGGCUAUAUUUUACUGAUGUCUGUAAUUCGAUCAUACGUUUUCUGUUUUCUUGCAAUAGACAAUGAUAUAAUGCGAAAAAUGCGCACCUAACAAUCUAACAUAUUACUAACCAAAAUCAUGCUACCCGUACCCGUACCCCAGAAACGGGGUAUCUUAAACUCACUAUCAACUCAUAUACGGCUCGAGCUCAUUAUAUAAAUGUUAAUUUGAAAUAUCACACAGCACUGUGCAGCUGACUAUGGCUCUCAGGGACUCCCAGGAAGUUCAUGCGCAGAAAUUUUGAAGCAAAAAUGCGAUGAUGCUAAAGAUGGAAUAUACUGGAUUAUAAUUGGUAACUCAUUCUUUUUAUAUAAACAAAUUUUGACUACAUUGCCUCAAGAUCUAGUUAAAUAGAUGAAUAGUUUUAUCUUAUAGUGUAAGAGAAUGGUAGUGACACUGCAAUGCAAUUGCGUAACUUGACAAAUAUAUAAGAAUUUAAAUACUAGUAUUUUAAAAUUACAGAAAAAUAGCAAAUAAAUUUAACUAAUCGCCGAUUAUAUAUAAUUUAAGAUUCUUAAGUUCGUACAAACUUUAGAAACACUAUAUAUUUUUGUUUUAUCAAAGAGAUCGCUAUAAUGCACCAUGAAAGAAUUAGCAUAGCGUUUAGUUUUUGCUGUUGGUAUAGUUUAUUAUAUUAAGUUCAGCGUUUCUUAAUGAGUGCACGAAGGGAGAAAUGUACGAGACUACAAUUAAGUGGUCUGACUUCGUCCUUAUCGUUCUUCGGACAACAGUCUUCAACGGUUGUCAAAGGAACACUCUUAUCAUGAUGCUCCGGUGAUUUUUUUAACUCCAAACGUAACUCGCAAAUUAGGAAACCCUCAGGACUCGUUUUGGGUGGGAAUCAUAUAUUUCUCCCCUCGUUCACUGAUAUAUCCUCAAUUAUACUAUCAGGCUAAUAAUUGGAAUUAUAUUUGAUUAACUCCGGUCGAAAUAUAUUAGGUUACGUACAAGUGGUAGAUUUUAAGACAUGAACGCCAUAGUCAACCCAAAGUGUUAUUGACAACAUUGACAAAGAAAUUUUCAACAUGAACUAAAUAAACUAUUUAUGUUUAUGCGCAAGAAUUGCACCACCAAAGUUUGUGUUUACCACUGAUCUAUAGUAGAAUGUCUGCAAUGUUGAUGCAUUGGACCAAUCAGCCAUCUUCAAGAUUUCCUCAAUAGGCACUGAAGCAUAAGCUGUUGCGGAGGUUGAAUCCUCUCGCACUGAAUGUGCUUUAAAAAUAGAGGUUUCGACACCAGAUUCAGCCAGAAUAUCCCGAAUCGAUCUAGCUAUGGUGGAUGGAGAAUCUGAACGAAGAGGUUUGAUGUACGAGAUAAAAAAGCUUUUACGUUCACUCUCUGGUGUCAUCCGGAAUGUAGUUGUAGACGCUAUGUACUGCUUAAAACAGGCAACAGGGCAAAGCUUUGUAUCUUCUGUGAAUAUGGGAACAAUGGCCAGAUCGACUGGUUCAUCAUGUCCGCUAGAUUUAAUUUUUAGUAAUGUAAACGUGAGACCUUCUGAUGCCAUCCGAUAACGAUUUAAGUUUAGGUGUGGCAGAGAAGGAACUCUCUGAGGGAAUGUAUAAUUGCAAAAAUGGUAGCCAAUUUCCAAGAAAGAUGUUUUAAGAAAAGUUCCGAGUUAUCCCCCAUUUUUACCAAGUGGUAGGUCACCGUAGAUGCGUCCCAAGUCUCAGAAUAUCUGGGUUCGGGAGAAAAGGGGGCUUUGGACGACAAUCCCUCUCAACAAAUUUACAUUGGGAUGCUGUCCCACUGGAGAACCAUCCAGCUUCGGGUGUGUGACAGAAAAUAAACACCUUAGGACAUUGAGAAAUCGAUACUGAUUACAAUUAUCAAACGAAUCUAAUAAAUAGGUAACAAUGAAGGAGUAGAAGCCACCAAGGUUUGUUUGCCAAUUUUGAGCUAUUCGGCAAUUUAUACAAAUUUCGGCUUAUACAAUUUCGGUUUUGCUGGUCACUAAUUUGUUAAACCUCGUUAUCGGAGUGAAUAGUAUGAAAGCACAUCCUAUCCGAGUGGAGAGUUUGAGAUCUGGCCUCCAGCUGCUGUAGGUUGGGAGCUGGUGAGUUACUCCCGUGGCAAAAAGCUUUGUUUGACAAUGCUCAAGAAAUGGUCUUUUAAAUCUGCGAUCUAGCAUCCAAUCGGUGAUGUCCACAAAAAGCCGUUGAGAUUCCCGAUCUGCAAGACUUUUCGACCUGCCUGGGAUAUGAUGUGCUACAAAAAUAGGUCUCUCUUUCACACAACCGUGUGAAUAGGCGAGGGACGAUAUUCAAACCGAAGGAGAUAGCUUGAAACUUGUUUUUCCAAAUAAAGCGUGGGAACUUUGGAGAUUCUGGGUGGACUGCUACUGAAAAAUAAGCACUUUUAAGUCUAGUUUGGUCAUGAAGUUACCAUGUUUUAAGAGAGCCUUUCUUACUGAAAGACGUUCCAUUUGGAAAUGGCAAAUUUUAACUAAUUGAGAGAGCUGAGGUCCAUCAUAAGGCGCAUGGUCCCGCUCUUAUUGAAGACUGAAAACAGACGGCUGUAAAAGUCAUCUUUUGUUAGUGCCACUUAACGAGCGGCUCCCAUAUUCAGAAGCCUUUGAAUAUCUGCCUCAUAAUUGGAGUUCAUUCCUGCAACACCUGUGUAACUUGAGGAGUAUUUUUUUGAUGGAACACGACAAAAGCGGAUUUUCAAACCUGACACAAUGUUUAAUAUUUCGCGACCCGAAGUCAGUUCCUUCAACUGUCUCAUGUGCUUUGUGAGUUGGGCUGCGGUUGGUAGGACAACAGUGGGUUUCGAAAAAUGUUUUGCUUCUAGCGAGGAAACUGAAAAUUUUGGUAUUUUGAUUGAUUGUACCCUGAGUGGUUGGAGUUGGAAAAUCUGGGGCCUUGCGGCUUGAGCCUAUUGAAAACUUGAGAUAGGUUUUUGCUAAACACCGUGAAAGUUGUUUUGAAGCCAAGCUUUUCUGCAUUGUGCGGGGGUUGGUUGGCCAAAUCGAAAUUUCCCUUGUAAACAGAAGCAACGACGUUUUUGCAGCGAAGGGUGGCAAAGUGUUUGUUGACAGUUAUUUUCAAAAUUACAAGAUCCACAGGAGCAUUGUUUUCAAGCUGAUCAUGUUGCGUGCAGAAUGGCCCUGUACGGCCCGUUGGACAAAUUUCGACUCUUCUUCUAGUUAUUGGGCGAAUUAGUUAUUGUUUUGGAGUAUGUGAUAUGCCACUGACGGAUCAAGUGUUGGGGCCACAAAGGCAUUGAUUGAGGAAACUGAUUGAGACCAGGGUAAAACGUCAAACUUUUCUUGCGCCGAACCUAAUGUUAAUGAGCUAAGUUCUUUGUUUCACUUCAUUUGCAUUAUGUUCGGCGCAUGAAAAGUUCCACGUUUGACCCUGGCCUGAGUUUCUAAAAUUUCACAAACCUGAUCAUAAGUUAAUUCUCGGCAAAAAUUUUCUCAAGAACUGAGGUAAAUACUUCUGAAGGUGUCCAUGUGAUGGCCAGGUCAUCAGGGUCGUACAAAUGCGAGGCAUGAAACUCGUUAGUGGGAUACACAAGUUUGAGAUCAGUUUCUUUCCUAAGUAUAUCCAUAUCUGGUGACUUAAUAGUCAUGUCUAGUGGCCUAAUUUUGCCAAAUGUGGUGGCUUAAUAGCCAUAUUUUCCGGUUUAGAAGCAUCUAAUUCGUUGAGGUUAUUUCUCUGACAGACAGUGAGUCGUCUUCGUGUUUCACAUCGACAAGGAAAUGGGUGUCUUCAUAGGCUGUUUCACAUUAGCCUGCGAACAGGCUCUCUUUGAACUCUCUUUGAAAUUUGAGAGAGAGCCUACAGGUCUAGCUAAUAAAAACGCGUUUGUGCGCUGCUUAGAACGACACAGGGUUCCCAUUGGUUGAAAUUGAAUUAACUACAUUAUACUGCCAUAAAAGGUAAUGAAAUUUACACAACAGUAUAUUCAAGGUGUCAACACAAAGUGCAGAAAUCGAAAAAUACCGUUCUAUAGCGAUAAAAAAUGUAUUAGACGGGUUGUAUAGAAAACUAAAUCGUUGUUUAAAGUUAAAGGAUGGGCAGUCAAAAGCUCUUAACAAUAUUCUAGACGGAAACGAUGUUUUUGCUGUAUAAAAGAGUUUGGCAAAUGCAACGGCAACGUUCUUAUAUCAACAAUAGCAUAUUUACUCUAAGACAAACACGGUGGUCGGUUGCUAAGCAUUUUGCUCCCGCUAAGGUUUCAAUUACUUAAUUAGAACUUAGCGUCAUGCGGUUCCAUUUUCACGCGAAGUAUGCUACGCGAUUUUGCGCGUCCUCGCUUUUUUGUAUCUUAUCGACUAAGUUAAGGUAGAAAUAGGAAGAUAUAUAUCUCAUCUUGACCAUAAAAUUCCUUACAGCCUAACAGAAUUUACCUAAAUGGAGAAAUAUGACUCCAGAUUGCCAUAGCUUUUGAUGUCACUUUUGGGUUUACACGGUCACAUGGAAGGCCUAAAAUGACUUUCUAGGGAACCCUAAAUAAGAUAAUGUAUAUAUAAACAAUUCCCCCUUGACAACCCCCCCCCCUUAAUUUUAACAGCGCAAGAGGAAUCGGCCAAUAAGUUACAAAUUUGUCAAUUUUCGCAGUGUAUUGGAGAAAAUGAAAUUGUUAGACUGCACUAGAUCGAAAAUUCUCAAGGGGAAAAUUUAGAUUUACCAAUUAUUGACUUAAAUGAAUGGUUAGUUGUUCAAAAGAAAAGCAAGAAAGUGGUCUGUAAACCGCAUGUAAUUUUCAUACGUUGCCUUGAUGUGUUGUGCCAUAUUUGUUUACUUCGCCUCCUGCUGCGUGUCAUGAGUUAGCUGGUUUCUUUACUUCGAUAAAAGCUUAUCGCAUGCCUUACACAAGUUUUAUUUACAUUAAUAUAACUACAGAAGACUGAGGUAUAGUUUACAAAAGAAAUCAGUUGCACAUGCCUUUACUUAAGCUCCGAUGAGGAGCCGUGUUCUCACUAAAGACAACAUGCCUUGGUAAUCUGAUAGUGAGUAUUAGUGACAGACGUACUAGGAUCCUCACGGGAAAACCGUCAUGAAAAUCGCUUGGAAUUGUAACUAAAUCAUAAAAUUAAGUGUGCGCAAAGACAUGAAAUCUAUAAAAAGGUAUUGUUUACAAAAGAAAUCAGUUGCACAUGAACCUAACAGAAAUUUUCGAAACAUCACAAAAUUGACCACAAAAUUUACAGAAUUUGUCCCAUUUAUUUUUAUAAAAAACAAAAAAUUGCCAGACUGUUCAGCGAAUAUUGCCCGACUGCCUAACAAAUUGUGGGGGCUGCCGCCCCCCCCCCCCUGCCCUGUACGCCCAUGAGUUUUACAGUUACGGUUAAAAAGCACUUAUCUGCCUAUGUCCCAAGCACACGAUAAAAAAGUUACCGCAGCAUUCAUUGGAAGAGUGUUCCUAUGACAACCGUUGAAGGCUGCGAGAUUUGACCUUAUAGGGCUACCCUAGUAUAAUAUGUGGGCAGAAGAAAGGAAUAGACGAAGUCAUACCACUUGUUGCCUCAUAUAUUUGGACCGGAGUUUAUGAAAUAUAUUUGUUAAAUAUCAUGCGCGUGCGUUGGCCGGUUGUAAUAAUUGGUAAUAAGUUAUGAUAAUGUUGGUAAUGGUUUUAUUAUAAAUAUUACAAUUGGUGGCUUUGGGAAAGAUACAGAAAACAAAAUAUUUAAAGAGAAUUAAGAUAAUAAAUACUCGCCGAAAGUUGUUUGGCUUUGUUCCCAGGAUCUGUUUCAAUUGUUUUCUUACAAUUAUUUGGACAAUUCCAUGUGUUUCGGGUUGAAGAUUUUGUUGGCUUUUAUACAACCUGUCGACUGCACUGGCGCCCGCUUGCUCCGAAGUUCGGCCCGAUAGCAAUAUUGUGACAGUUGCUGUAUAUUGAGACUUAUAGCAGGGGAUUGUUGACAAAUCAGAAACUAGAAUAAAACUUGAAUGUAUAAUGAAUAAAUAAGGUGAUUUAACCGGUAAAUACCGUUGAGAAUAAAUCCAUACACAUUUCUAUUCACAGUAAAUCUGCAAGUUAGCAUUAAAUGGUAGAUACAUUACACUGAUAUUUUAAUCUGUAAAUUGAAAGACAGUAAUUUAGCUGAGCAUAUAUAUUACAAUGAUCGUCAUAACUCUCUUUGUUAGGUCAAUCAAAACCAUUUCCUGUCUUUUGUAACAUGGAAGCUGGAGGUAAUUAUCCGUCUCGGCAGCCCAGAUACGAGAUAGAAACGUCCUGCUGAGCAGUUAUUUAGAGAUUUAUUUAUACAAGCUAAUAAUAUUAGUGGAUAAAAUUCAAGAUGGCGAAGGCUAUUUUAACCAAUUUCGUAUCUUGAAAAUAUAGGCCUUACUAUAUUUUUUCUCCUAAAGUGUACGUGUAACACAGCAAUCAUUGGCGGAAACGAAAUGAUAAUUUGUAGUUGUAUAGAACAACAAUAAUUGCACUAGAACCGUCCUGAGACGCAGCGGACGUGCAAGUUAUAGGUAGGAUUUUGCAAUUUGCACUUCUACUUGGCAUAUAUGAUUUUCUUCGUUUUAAAGUAUUUUAAUUAAAAUGUGCCGGCACAAAUUCAAAAGCGUCUGUGAGCGAAGAUUGCCUGUGCAUGCGCGAUGUGUGUCUGUGCCACUGUGCCUGCGCGGUUGCUAAAUUAUUUUAGUUACCUAUCCAUUGCACAAUUUAAUGUAAUGUAUAAUAAUAUUUUGGACGUUUCGUAAAAGUUUUGUAAAUGUUCAUUCAAAAACGUAUUAAUAAUGCAUAAGGAAAACACAAAGGAAAAUUAUAAGCGUGUCGUAUCUUUAUAUGUGAUAGAGAUUUCCCUUUAUUUACGUGAACUCUAACUUUGAUUUUGUCGACUUACACAACGUAUUUUUUAACAUUACGUCGCCAAUGACAUUACGAGAUCAAUCUUUUUGAAGCUAUUUAAAACAUUCCAAUUGCAUGUUUUAUCAGACCUAAAGACACUCGGCUUCGCCUUGUACAGGUAUCUUUAUAUUUGAUAAAACACUGCUGCUCAUGUUUUUAAUAGCACUUAAACUAUUUAACUUACUGAUAAUCUUUGAAAUAAAAUCAGUUCGAAUCAGAUAGAUUGGCUCUUGCAAAUCCAUUUUUUUUAUAUUUAUUGAAUUUACAGGUUGGACUUUGGUAUUUAAGCUUAUAGCCGGAAUCUCUGGAGGACCAGUAAAAACUUGGAAAAUGCCGUUCCCAACCUAUGAAUACUCGCUGGCAGCUCUUAAAACAAAUAAUGAUUUUAAACAUCAUUACAAAAACCGUAUUGUUCAAAACUGGAGUGCGUUCAAGCCAUCCGAGGUAUGACUGAACCAAUAUAUAUUUAUUGUUACUUAUGGAAAUAUAGUUUUUGUUCUAUUAUGACCGUUUGUUUAAAUUUAUUAGCUUUUUAGCGUUUCCAAAAGCCUGUCAAAUCGAGGUUUUAGUGGUGUUAUUGUUUAAAAGAUACUUUACUUUUAUCUUUGACCUUUAAUGACCUUUCAAUGUGGCGGAUAUUUUGUUUUAAAAUAAUACAACUCGAAAACGACAUCGGUUUAUCUCAUAUAAGAUGGUUUCUCUUAUAGUAUACUGAAUUACGUUGACUAUUUAAAAAACAUUUUGUUGAGCCGACGUUAAAAGAAAAUUACUAGCAAGUUGUUAUUUACAAUAAUAUUUGUUUCGCCCAACUAUUUUUCUAGUAUCGUAUAUAAAAGCAAUUGAUUGUACUAAGAAAACUCAUUUUUUGAAAUACAUGUUGGGAGUUACAGAUAUCUUUUACGAGUUAAAAUACUUUCCUAAAUAUCCGCCAACAUUUAGAGGUUAUUGUUGGCAUAGUAACAGCAGUUGUGUAACUGUUGUGCAACAUGUUCAAACUCUUUAUAUGUUGUUUUACAUCAGUAAGACACUUUUUGUUUUUCAACAAGUAAUGAUUGUCCAAAAAUACGGAUCUUAAUCGUGAUUUUUCCUUUUUUUUCUAAGAAUUGUAUUGAGCCACCUUAGUAGAAAAAAGCUAAAAGUAAAGUCUUCCAGAAAGAUUUACGUGAAUAAAUGCAUUAAUAGAGGUUUUCAGCGUUGGUAAAAACCUUAUUUUGUAAAUUUAGCUAUACCACUUCACUAUUAUUGCAGUAAUAUUCAUUAUAUUCAUAUUCAGUUAUAUUCGUUUAGGCGUUCCAGUUAUAUUCAUUUCAAUUCCGGCUUGCCCCCUGUUCCGCUACCCCUUCUUUCAAUUUAAUUAAGUACUUCAAGGAUUUGUGAAAGCGAACAAUCAUCACAGUUCUUACAAUUGUCAAUUUUUCUAGGCUAGAGUGGUUUUGUACAAGGGUGGGAAGGAAGAGGUUGUGCUCAGGUUCAAUGCUGCUAACAGCAACAACGCGAACUGGUUUUCUGCUGCAAAUGUUCUUGAAUCACCAUGGCAGGAUAUUUUAAGUGAGAAAAAGAACUACUUUACUAUUGGUGGUCCAUGCUGGGGAACAGGUUGCAGAGAUUUUCAUAUUAAUAACGUUUACGGAAACUGUCCUCGAGACGUUGGCUGGCUAUCUGUUGGAGACAGCGCUGAAUGCAAAUGGGAAAACAGAUUUCCAGCUGGAGUGAAGCUGAUCUACAGUAAAGCUUCUACUCACGUCAACUACAAUACCUUCAGUGAGUUUCGACCGUUUGCAUGUGUAUAUAUAUAUAUAUAUAUAUAUAUAUAUAUAUAUAUAUAUAUAUAUAUAUAUAUAUAUAUAUAUUUAUAGGUAUUUAUAUUUAUAGCAAGAAAACACACUAAGAAGAUGUUUGUAUAUGAUUCCCGUUUGCUGUGUUGGCCCGAAAAACGGGGUGCCGGCUUCAUACUAAUCAUACUAAUAUCUUUGCAUCCAAAAACAAUUUGACAUUAGAUAACUGGGGUCUCACUUGAACCAAACGAAACGGCCGGCUAGCCAGUCAGCCAGCCAGCCAGCAACGGCGAAAUCCAUUAAUAUUCACCAAUCCCGGUAACUGACGAGCACAAAAUGUCGUUUAACACAACUGCAUGCUACAAUAUGUAUUGCAAAGAAUAUUUUCUGGAUAACCUUUUUAAGUAUUAGGUUGUUCUUGGUGAAAAAGUUGCUUUAAUUCCAAUAAUCAUCAAUUUGAAUUCCAUGACGACCACACAAUCGUAAGCUAAGUAUGUUUCUUCCGCCAAUUUUGGCGGAAGAAACAUACUCAAUAGUCUGAGCUCAGCUAACAGGGCAAGCCUAGAUCCAUAUAGCGCCAGAUCGCAAUGGAAAGAGCAUGUUGAUGCUGUCCACAACUUGAAAAACCGUGAUAUGUGUUAAAGAUUCUUGAAAGGGAGGCGGGGGUAGAGGGGUCGAGAUCCUACAUUUCCAAGCCUACAUUUUCCCAAAUUUUAUUUCUCAGCGAUUGUGUUAAAAACUUACAAGAAUAUCACUUAUAUUUCAAUUAUAUUUCACUUAUAA